UUCAAAUCGUAUAUAAAUUGAUUUGAAAACAACUCGAGUUUAUAUUCAUAAUUAUACUACAAUUGUUUUAUUAGUAUAAUUACAAACCCAUAGCGAAAAUCAUGUAUAAAUUGGUAACUCUUGUGGUUCUCAUUACAGUUUCUCAAACUUAUGCCGAGGAUGGUGUCUUUUCGUGGUACGACGCACCUGCCGGUGCCAUCACAGCCAGUGGUGAACCCUUCGACCCAAACGCUAUGACUGCCGCCCAUAAGACCCUACCGUUUGGGACUGUCGUCCAGGCGUCGUGUAAUGGCCGGUCUAUCAGCGUUAGGAUCAACGACAGGGGACCGUUCGUCGCCGGGAGAAUACUCGAUGUGACCCCCGCUGGCGGUCGUGAGCUCGGUAUCAUCGAUAGUGGACUCUGUCAGGGUCAUAUUUAAAUGAGCCUGAAAUUAAUUGAUUCUGCUUACAUGAAUUUAAAAGUUUGUAUUUUUCAAUACAAGUAUUUGGUUUCCAUAUAAUAAAAAGUUAACAAUUGCAAUAUAACAAAAUGUUGAGAAUUAAUUAUAAAAAUAAAUUUUGAAAAUUUUAAUAAAAACCAGUCCAGCAUUACUGAGUAGGAAACAUCGAGUCAUGAAUCUCGAUUGAGUGGUUCUAAUUGUUAUGAUUAGUU